AUGUUAAAAUUACUAGAAGAUCCUAAAUACCCAUUGCUUGGGCCGCAUUUACGCCUUUUGAAAUUUACUGGCCUUUGGCAUCCAAUCCUUGAUCGUGUUGCCCGAUUAAAGUUACUGCUGUUUUGUGUGACAACAGCAUUCUUCUUCAGUCAAUACAUUAAAUGCAUGUUAUUUCUCAAUUUCGAUUCGAUAAAGCUCAUACUGCAGUAUAUCCCUUUUCAUAUAGGCAUUGUUAAAGCAUGUUUCUUUCAGAAAAACUACGCUUACUGGUCUCGUUUGAUUGAAUCUAUAUCGGAGAUAGAAAGGCAUCAAAUGCUUCAAAAAGACAUCACUAUCCAUAUAAAAAACUAUAUUCACCGCAGCCGUAGGGUGACUUUCUUUUUUUGGGCGCUCGCAUUUUUUUCCAACUUUAGUAUUUUCACUGAACCAUAUCGGAAAAAUCAAGUUGGAAAUGGUACAGAUAGCUAUUUGUACCUAUUCGACGGGUACACACCGUUUGAUCGUGUUCCACCAGGCUAUUACUGCUCAAUGUUCGUUCAAACUGUUCUUGGACAUGUUGUAAGUGCUUAUGUCGUGGGAUGGGACACGUGUGUAGUAUCUAUUAUGAUAUUCUUUGCCGGACAAUUGAAGAUAUUUCGAAUUUAUAACAUGAAGAUCUUUUGUUCCAAAAAUAAUGGGACUUCUUUUAAGAAUAUCGCUAACUGUCACGGAUUUUACAUGAAACUUAUAGAGUAUCAUAAACUGUUUAAUUCCUUAAUAUCGACAGUGAUGUUUAUUUAUUUGAUCGUAAUUUCUGUGAAUUUAGGAGUGUGUAUUAUACAAAUAGCGGAGAUACAAGACGACUUAGGCGCUUUUUUGUCUGCAUAUUUGUACAUUGUCGCCUGUUUAAUUCAGUUACUACUUUUCUAUUGGUACAGCAAUGAAGUAACUCACGAGAGUCAGUUAGUAUCGUACAGUUUAUUUGAAAGCGACUGGUAUUAUGCACCGACAAUUCUUCAAAGAAACAUCGCAUUACUGGCAGAGACUACAAACAGGAGGUUGGUUUUUAAAGCCGGUCCGUAUUACGAAAUGUCACUGGCAACUUUUGUGAGCAUUCUUCGUACGAGUUACAGUUUCUUCACACUACUAAAUGAAACAAAUUAG